UACUCGGGAGUCGGAACUUCGGGCUCGCACUAUCAAAAUACUUCUGUAUAUCUUUAUGUCGGCCUUAGCUUAAUAAAAAUAAGAAAAGUUGUUUAUAGAUCCUCGUAACUUUUUCGGAAAGUUUAAUUUGACUUUUAAAUAUUCAAAGGCUUGAAACAUUAUAGCGAAAAAUGGCCAACGACACUCCUGAAAGUGACUUCUCUAUCGAAUGCUUUCAAAACUAUUCAGCACCAGAAGUAUUUGUUCAGGGAUUAGCGGGUAUGGUUGAUCAAUCUGAUGUCGAAGUUAUAAUACGAGCACAAAAAACUAUGUUACAGAGAUUUGAAAAAACAACAGAAAUGUUAACAAAUUGCAACCAACUCUCAGCAAGUCGCCUUCGAGCUGCAUCUGUAGAGUUUAAGAAGCACACCCAACUACUGUUGGAUAUGAAAAAGGAUUUAAACUAUAUAUUCAAAAAGAUAAGGGCUAUUAAAACUAAGUUAAGCACUCAGUAUCCUGAAGCCUAUAAAGUUGCUGUAGCAUCAGCUGCUCAUAAUAUAAAGCCUCUUGAUGAAGAAGAAGAAAUAAAACCUUCAGAAUCAAAAAUACUAUCUAAAAUGGUGGCCACAGUUUCAACAGAAACUUUAAAACCAAUAGACAAAAAGGAAAAUGUAGAUAAAAAUGUCAAUGUAAAAAAGAAAAGCAGUAGUUCCUCUGAAACAGAAAGUGUAAGCUCUGGAGAUGAUAGUAGUACUGACACUGGUUGAAUGUAAUGUUAACUGUGUAAUUAUUAACUUUGUUAAAUGGUAAAUUAAGCUUCUUGCUUGUACCUUUAUGUCUGAGGUCAGAAUAUAACAUGAAAUGUGUAUAGUAUGAAAUUUAAUUAACUAAAAAAGAAACUGUAUUUUGAUGUAAACAAAAUUUCUUAUCUUUAUUGCCAACCACUUUGUUUUGUUUGGCCGUCUGCAUCGAUUUUAAAGAAUUCAUCAAAAAUUAAUAAAAUUAAAAAUUGCCAGAAUUCUCUUCACUCAUUAAUUUAUGUGAGGUAACAGAUUGCGUCAGACAAUUAAAUUUCAUUUAAUUAACUAAAAUCAACUUUAGAAUGUAAAUACCCUUAGGUUCCCAAUUAUUACAAAAGAUUUUCACCCAAUCUAAAUCAUCUGCAAGUCAAAUAAAUUAUGCCUGUAUAGAUCUGCAUUGUGAGUUUUGAGUGAACCAAAAUUUUCAGAGAGCUAGAACUUUUCUCAAAGCUAAGUCUGUCUCCCAUAUGUUAUAGAUAUGUUGGAUUUUGACAUAUGGAAGUCAUAGUUUGCACUAAAUCUCCCCCUUAGUAUGUAUGUAAGUGUAAGAAUUCUAGUCUGGCAAGCUCACUCGUAAUAUAAGUAUAUUAAUAUAAUCUAGUAGGGAAUGGAUCAGCUAUGCUUGUCUGAUGAAUAAUGUAUUAUAAGACUGUAUGUUACCAUUUCUGUUACUUUAUAUAGUUUAAAAUAUUCAACUAA